AUGACCGGAACUACCGAUCACAACGCUCCCUCCAUUGACAGCGCAGCCACCCACACCGCGCCGUCAGAUCAUUCGACACCCGCAAUGAGUGACCAAAUCAACGAUAUCGAAAAAGGCCAACCCCCAAACAAAGCCACAGAAACAUACGAUACCACCCUAGACUCCGAAAAAGCCAACGCAGUCCCCCCCGUCCCCCCAGGCCCCGGCCCACCCCCAGAUGGCGGCCCCAAAGCAUGGCUCGUCGUCCUCGGCGGAUUCUGUGGGCUAUUCGUCAGUUUCGGCUGGAUCAACUGCAUCGGCGUCUUCCAAACAUACUACGAAAGCCACCAGUUGCAAAACAUGUCAACCAGCACCGUAACCUGGAUCACAUCGCUCGAGACAUUCGUGAUGUUCUUCGCUGGUCCGAUCUUCGGUACUCUGUUCGACAGUUACGGACCGCGUUGGAUCUUGCUCGGUGGGACGAUUCUUCACGUCUUCGGGUUGAUGAUGACUUCGCUUUCGACGGAGUAUUAUCAGUUUAUUCUCGCGCAGGGAAUAUGCAGUCCGCUCGGUGCUAGUGCUAUUUUCAACGCAUGUGUUAACUCUGUUAGUACAUGGUUUGUGAAAAGGAGGGCUUUUGCGCUGGGAGUUACGGCUUCGGGAUCAAGUCUGGGAGGGGUUAUUUUCCCAAUCAUGGUGACGCAUCUUAUUCCCCAAGUUGGAUUUCCUUGGGCGAUGCGUAUCUGUGCGUUUUUAAUUUUGGGUAUGUUGGUCAUUGCAAACUUGACUUUGAAGUCGAGAUUGCCGCCUACUAAGAAGCCUUUUUCCGUGAUGAACUUUGUCAGGCCGCUCAAGGAUAUUAAGUUUGUUUUGACUGUUGCCGGGGCCUUUUGCUUCUUCUGGGGGAUGUUUUUGCCUUUCACUUUUGUGAUUACGCAGGCGGAGCGGUAUGGCAUGUCGCCGAAUAUGUCGCAGUAUCUGAUUCCGAUUUUGAAUGCUGCGAGUAUCUUUGGUCGUACCCUUCCAGGCUACUUGGCUGACCGUGUUGGUCGCUAUAACGUGAUGAUCAUCUUCAGCUUCCUGUCAGCUAUUCUCGUGCUUGCUCUAUGGCUUCCAUCUCGCAGCAAUGCACCGGCAAUUGUCUUCAGCGCACUGUACGGCUUCGGCUCCGGUGCUUUCGUCUCUCUCGCGCCGGCACUGAUUGCUCAGAUCUCCGACCUGCGCGAGGUUGGCGUCCGCAACGGCACUUGCUUCUCGAUUAUUUCCUUUGCUGCCUUGACUGGUACCCCGAUUGGUGGUGCUUUGGUCUCAGAUGUGCUGCAUGGAUCAUAUACGAAGCUGCAGAUAUUCUGCGGUGUGGUGAUGCUCGCUGGAGCGACGCUGUUCAUCGUGGCGAGAGUUGUUGUUGGAGGAGCCAGGCCCUGGGACAAAGUAUAA